AUGUCUUACCUAAUAUACAUCUACCGCAAAUUAUUGGCGGUGCUCAUCAGAGCUGUUGUCACACUUGGCAAGCGCAUCUCUGUAAAUCCAGAUGAUGUCCUUCAGAUAACGUCACGAGACGCGGGCAGACACUUGAGGGCUCACCUCUAUCGGCCAGCAACUGCGUUGUCGCCAUCGCCUGUCCUCAUCAACUUCCACGGGAGUGGGUUCUUGUUACCGCUUCACGGAAGCGAUGACGAAUUCUGUCGACGAGUAAGUCGAGAGACAGAAUAUACAGUGUUGGACCUCCAAUACCGACUGGCGCCAGAACAUCCAUUUCCAGCGGCGCUUAACGACGUGGAGGAUGCGGUCAACUGGGUCCUGCAACAGCCAGACAAGUUCGAUUUGACUCGAGUGGCUAUCUCCGGGUUCAGCGCAGGAGGGAAUCUCGCGAUCGUGGCAGCUUCGGUGCUCUUCCCACGAGAGACAUUUCGAUCUGUCCUCGCAUUCUACCCACCACUCGAUUUGUACACAGACCCGGGAGCCAAACGCCCGCCGGAUCCGGCAGGGAAGCCCAUUCCUGCACCUUUGAGUCGGUUGUUCGACAAGUCCUACGUCCCUUCUGCGUACGAUGCCAGAGACCCACGUAUCUCACCAUGCUAUGCGCAGCCUGAGAGGUUUCCAGAUCGCGUUCUUGUUGUGACAGCGGCUGGCGACAGCCUGGCCGGUGAAGCUGAAGCCCUCGCUGCAAAGAUAGCCAAACUGCCUGGUCGCCAGGUUGUGUGCCAGAGAAUGCAAGGUUGCAAUCAUGCCUGGGACAAAAGUGCUCGUCCGGGAACCAUCCAAGGUGAUGCCAAAGAAAAAGCCUACACCAUGGCCGUUGCAAUGUUGAUGCGCUAA